GAACAUCCUAAUAAUUAUCUGAACGAGACACUCCUCCUCGUUACUACAUCAUCUCUCCUACCUUUUUUAAAUUUCACACCUUACUACCUGAUACCUAAUUAUCCGCACAUCACAACCCCACUUUCACAACAUGAACGGUGCUCAGUUUACAGACAAGGCCAACAAGGCUCUACUGGACUCCAGCAGUCUGGCUGAACAAUACUCCCACUCGCAGAUUCUUCCUCUUCACCUCGCAGUCUCUCUCCUGAAUCCCUCUCCAGACGAGUCCAAGGACCAACAAGCUACCGCCCAUCCAUCCCACGACACUGCCUCCGCUCCUCUCUUCCGUCAGGUCAUCGAACGCGCACAUGGCGAUCCUCAGCUGCUCGAGCGCUCUCUAAUGAAGCUGCUGGUGCGUCUGCCCAGUCAAGACCCACCUCCGGAGACCGUCAGCGUUUCGCCCGCACUCGCCAAGGUCCUCCGGUCUGCCAGCGAGCUGUCCAAGACUCAGAAGGACAGCUAUGUUGCCAUUGAUCAUCUUAUCACCGCGUGCGCUCAAGACUCCCAAGUUCAGCGUGCGCUGGCAGACGCCAACGUCCCCAACGUCAAAUUGAUCGACAGUGCCGUACAACAGAUCCGCGGUACCAAGCGGGUCGACUCCAAGACCGCUGACGCAGAGAGCGAAAAUGAGAACCUGAAGAAAUUCACCAUCGAUAUGACCUCGCUGGCUCGAGAAGGAAAGAUCGACCCCGUCAUUGGUCGAGAGGAAGAGAUCCGACGUGUUAUCCGCAUCCUCAGUCGGCGCACGAAGAACAACCCGGUGCUCAUUGGUGAACCUGGUGUGGGUAAGACUACCAUUGUUGAAGGACUGGCGCGUCGGAUCGUCAACGCCGAUGUCCCUGCCAACUUGGCCCAGUGCCGGCUGCUCUCUUUGGAUGUUGGCUCUCUCGUGGCCGGCAGCAAGUACCGUGGUGAAUUUGAGGAGCGCAUGAAGGGCGUAUUGAAGGAGAUUGAAGAAUCGAAGGACACUAUCGUCUUGUUCGUCGAUGAGAUCCACCUCCUGAUGGGCGCAGGCUCCAGCGGCGAAGGCGGCAUGGAUGCUGCCAACUUGCUCAAGCCCAUGCUGGCUCGUGGUCAGCUGCACUGUAUCGGUGCCACCACUUUGGGCGAAUAUAGGAAGUACAUCGAGAAGGACCAGGCCUUCGAGCGUCGGUUCCAGCAGGUCCUGGUCAAGGAACCUACCGUCAAUGAAACCAUCUCGAUUCUGCGUGGCUUGAAGGAGAAGUACGAAGUGCACCACGGCGUCAACAUCCUCGACGGUGCCAUUGUUUCUGCAGCUGAAUUGGCUGCUCGUUACCUCACGGCGCGUCGCCUUCCCGACUCAGCUGUGGAUUUGAUUGAUGAGGCCGCUGCCGCUGUCCGGGUCACCCGUGAAUCCGAACCUGAAGCUCUUGACAACCUCGAAAGAAGACUUCGUCAGCUGCAGAUCGAAAUCCAUGCUCUCGAGCGCGAGAAAGACGAUGCCUCCAAGGCCCGCUUGGAAGUUGCUAAGCAGGAGGCUGCCAAUGUCGCAGAAGAGCUCCGCCCCCUGCGGGAGAAGUACGAAAGCGAGAAGCAGCGCAGCAAAGCCAUCCAAGAAGCCAAGAUGAAGCUCGACUCCCUCAAGGUCAAGCGUGACGAAGCCGAGCGCUCCGGUGACACCCAAACUGCCGCUGAUUUGGAGUACUAUGCUAUUCCUGAAACCAAGCAACUUAUUGAACGAUUGGAAAUCGACCGCGCUAAGGCGGACGAAGAGCGACGCUCUCGCCAGGGCGAUGCGGGUGAGGCUCUGCUGGCAGACGCCGUCGGCCCCGACCAGAUCAACGAAAUCGUGGCCCGCUGGACCGGUAUCCCUGUGACUCGUCUUAAGACCACCGAAAAGGACAAGUUGUUGAACAUGGAGAGGUACCUUAGCAAGAUUGUCGUUGGUCAAAAGGAGGCUGUCACUUCUGUUUCCAAUGCGAUCCGUCUGCAACGAUCCGGUCUGAGCAACCCUAACUCGCCGCCCAGCUUCCUCUUCUGCGGUCCCUCGGGUACGGGUAAGACGCUCCUUACCAAGGCCUUGGCGGAAUUUCUGUUCGACGAUCCCAAGUCCAUGAUCCGGUUCGAUAUGUCUGAGUACCAGGAACGCCACUCUCUGAGCCGUAUGAUCGGCGCACCUCCCGGCUAUGUCGGCCACGAUGCCGGUGGUCAGCUUACCGAAAGCCUUCGCCGGCGCCCCUUCUCCAUUCUUCUGUUCGAUGAAGUCGAAAAGGCUGCCAAGGAAGUUUUGACUGUCCUUCUCCAGCUCAUGGAUGACGGCCGCAUCACCGACGGACAGGGCAGAAUUGUCGACGCGAAGAACUGCAUUGUUGUGAUGACGUCCAACCUGGGAGCCGAGUUCCUCGCUCGCCCUGCCGCCAAGGACGGCCGCAUCGAACCCGCGACGCGCGAGCUCGUUAUGGGCGCCCUUCGCGACUACUUCUUGCCUGAGUUCCUCAACCGUAUCUCUAGCAUUGUCAUCUUCAACCGUCUCACCAGGCGCGAGAUCCGCAAGAUCGUCGACCUCCGUCUCUCCGAGGUCCAGAAGCGUCUCGACGACAACGGGCGCAACGUCAUCAUCAACUGCUCGGAUGAAGUCAAAGACUACCUUGGUGACUCCGGCUACUCGCCCGCCUAUGGUGCUCGUCCCUUGGGCCGCAUCAUCGAGCGUGAAAUUCUCAACCGUCUCGCCGUCCUCAUCCUGCGUGGCAGCAUCCGCAACGGCGAAGAAGCUCGCGUGGUCAUGCGCGAUGGUCGCAUCGAUGUCCUUCCGAACCAUGAGACUGAUGGCGACGGAGAUCAGGACAUGUUCGACAGCGACGAGGAAGCUUUGGCUGAGAUGGAAGAUGGCAGUGGUGACAUGGAUUUGUACGAGUAAGGAGGUUUGCAGACGAUUCGGAAAAGGAAAGUGAUGAAGAUUGUUAAUAUUGAUUGAGAAUCCCGCAUUUCCUUUGCAUGAUUCACGAGGCAUGAUUUGGGUUUUCUUUUCUUCGUUCUUCUGUUUCGGGACAAUUGUUUCCAAUUAUCUUGGACAGGCCGGCUUGUUUUGUGAGCAU